AUGCAAUAAGUUAUCCAGUCAUUUGACUCUUCAUUAUAUGGCUUAGAAUAAAAACUCAAACUUACAAAAAUUGAAAUUUACAAAGGUAAAGAUUACAUCCAGGAUAUCUGUAUGGUUUACAAUGGUGAUUAAAUCAGCACUUUUGAAGAGAGACUUUUGGCCUAGAUAUAUUACGGUAAAAAAGAGAUCAAUUUGGAUUCGAGCCAAUCUAUCAAAUCAAUAAAGUCAUAUCUUGACUCAGGACUCAUCCAUAAGCUCGAAUUUCUAAUUCAAGAUAACGUAGAAAACAUCAUUCAUUAAGAAGUAGUUGAUUGUGAUGAGUUCAAUCAGAAAUUUUUCAAUUCUUAGGUUAUAGUUUAGCAAGCUCCUGAAGGGCAACAAAUAAUUGCAAUAUCCUGUGAAAGAAGCGAAUAUUUAUCUGAUAUCAAGGCCAAAUUUAUUCCUCAAUAAAAUGAAAGUAAUUAAAAGCAAAAAAAGUAAAAAUAAGAAAAUAAGAAUCAUGAGGAAGCAAAUGAGUAAAUAGUGAUUACUUAAAAAAAUAAGAGAUUUAUGAUGAACUAUCUUGAUAUAAAAAGACUCUAGUAAGUGGCACCAUCUAAAAUUUUUAUUGCAGAGAACUAUUAAGCCCAAUUUCAAGACUUUUUAAACUUUAUUGAGAAGAUAUUUAGUGGUAAAAAGCUCCUAUUUGAAGAUUUACAAAUUGCAAAUAACCUAUUUUCAGAAUUAAAAUCGACUUAUACAAGAAUUUCAUAGACAAUGGAGAGAGACUUAACUUCAAAGAGCCUAGAUUUUACCUUUUCUUAAUAUGAUAAGGAAAAGGAACAACUUGAAACCUUGAAAUCUAGUUUAGGUAAAUGUCAAGAAAAAUUAUCUGAAAUUUUGAAAUACUUCAAAGCGCUAAGAAAUGAAAACUAGAUAUUCAAACUAAGACAACAUAUCAUCAGUUCAGAUAAUGUAGAUAAUUUCACUAGAUUAUUUGAGUUCAAUCAUAAUGUUUAUGGAAUAUAGAAAAAAUAACAGAAAAAACUACAAGAUUAAUUAUAUCAGAUUGAAAAUGAAAAUAUUCAAAAUAUGAAGUUACUAUAAGAUUUUGAGAAUGAAGAUUAAGCCCUUGAGAAAGUUCUUAAUUAGCUGCAUGAUGACAUAUAAAAAAUGCAAGAAAAGUUCGGGGAAGAAUAACUGAGAGAUAUUGAUAUUUUUAAGCUGUAGUUUGAUAAAUUUGAUGAACUAGUAAAUGAAAAGCAAAGAUAAUAUGAAGUUAUUGAAAUCGGUCACAACGAGAGAAAAGAACUCAUAUACAGGAGAAUCAAAUAAGAGAUUGAAAAGAUAAAUAGUGAAGUAACGAAUGUCAAAACAGUGCACAGUGUACCUCAAAGACAAAUAAAGUAAUAAAAUUAUCAUGUUAUUGCCAUUAUUGAUCAAAGUGGAUCUAUGGAAUAAAACUGGAGUAGUGUGAAAGCAAUCUUUGAAGAAUUUAUCUAAACAUGUGAUUUCAAUGGAACAACUCAUGUGUUUUCAGUUAUCCUUUUUGAUAAUUACUCUUAAUUGAUAUGCACAAAGCAAAAAGCUGGCAAUAUUCAGCCACUACCUCAUUUGUCUGGUGGAGGUACAGCAUAUUCCCCAGCUUUUGCUUAAGCUCUGAGCUUAAUAUAGUAAGAUUCUAGAGAUUUAAGCCCAUUUAUCAUAUUUAUGACUGAUGGCAUACCAUCAGAUUUAGAUAGUUCCAUAAAUUUACUACAGGCCAUUAAUGACUUUAGAGAUGAUACUAUAUUCUUGGCAGUAGGUUUUGGCAGAGAUUACAACAGAUAAAAUCUUAUUAGAUUAAGUAAAGUAGCCAAUAAUUAAAAAGAAAAAUUGCAAAUUGGAGAACAAAGCUUUGAAUAUGUUUACGAGGCAUUAGACCUAAAAGGACUUAGAUAAGUAUUUUAUCAAAUCUCAAUCGUCUUAGAACAAACCUAAUCCCCUGAAUAAACAAUCGCAAUUCUUGAGGGGCAAUUAAGUAGAGAAAAUAAGGACUAUAAUAAGCAAAUAGAUUUUUAUAAUCAGAUGUACGACUAAAAAUUUGAGGAUCUUAAAUAGACUUUUUAAAAUUUGCAAAAUUUAAAAGAAAAUUAGUUAGAUAAAAAGAAGAAUUUCCUCAAUAGUUUUAAUAAAUAGUAGAUAACUGAUGCUGAGAAAAGAAAUGAUGAAAUUGUUGCAAAAAAACUAGAAUUAGCAAAGGAGAGAGCUAGAGCUGAUGCAGAACGCUAAACAUUUAACAUGCAAAAGUAAGAUCUUCUCAAGGAAAUAGCUAAUAUCAAUAAAAAUAUGGAAGGGUCAUUAGAGUAAUUGAAGACCUUAUAAGAGAGCAGGUCUAAUUUAUUUUAAGGUUUCUUAACACAAAGUGGUUUUUAAGAUGAAUCUUAGUUGAAAGAAUUUUAUGAUUAACUAUCCUCUGUUGAUGCUGUUAUUUAGUUUGAGAUAUAAACAAUCAUUGAGAUAGUAAAUCUGGUAAGAAUAGCUAGAGAUUAAAUAGAAGAGUAAUUUUAGCCAGAAAAGGAGAAGAUUUUAAGAGAAAAAAUUGAUGACUCAGUUAUAAUUGAUGGCUUGAAAACUAAGUUCAAGCAGUUAUUGAAUUCAGAUGAAUUUAACUAUAAAGAUAACAAAACUAUUAUGAGUUCAAUACUCUAGAAUUAUAACUCAUUAGAAUUUGAAUAAAAUAAAGUAUUUAUUGAGGCGAUACUCUCAUAGGAAAAUCUUGUAAAACUUUUGAACUCAUAAAAAACAAAGAAAUUGAUUGAGAAAAUUAAGCCAAUUUAAAUUAAAUAGGAAGAUUCUGAAUCUGAUUCAGAUGAGUUAGAUGAUGGAAAUAACGAAAAUGAUGAAAGUGAUGGCAGUUAAAAGAAAUAGAAAGCUUAAAAGAAAGAUAAUUUUAAAGAUGAUAUAGAAGAAUUAUUUGAAAUCUUAGCUCUUGAAUCUGAGUUAAAUAUCCCCUAAACUUAUAGGGAAUUAAAUGCAACUCUUAAAGCUAUUUAUAAAGAGAUUUAGAAUUGUAAAUAGAGAGCAGAUGGUCAAAUCAUUGAUUAAGAAAAAAUUAAAGCCUUGAAAGUAUAUUAUGAUUUUUAUGAGAGCAUCAAAAAUGAAAAAUAAUUUGAGAUUAAAAUUGAUAAUUCAGUCAAAUUUAUCAAGGAAUUACUUAAAGAAGCCUUUAGUUCUCAAUAUAAGAAAAGAAUGAUUGAAUAUUAAGGUAUAACAUUUAGUCAAUUGAAGAGGGAUGUGCUUGAUAAAAUAAUUAAUUUGGAGCAGAUUGUUUAUAUUCAUCAAUUUGAGGGUUUCAAAGACUUGCAGUCUAUAUGCAACAAUAUUCAAAACAAUUGA